AAUGGGUGGCGUUACGUUUGUGCAGAACAGAUAUUGGGUGGUGAGGCAUGGCAAAAGCAUUCCCAAUGAAAUGGGUCUCAUCGUUUCCUCCAUGGAAAAUGGAAAACUUGAACAAUAUAAGUUGACUCCCGAAGGAAUCAAACAAGCAGAAUUGGCUGGAGAGUCAUUCCUAAAGGUACUCAAAGAAGAUAACAUACCACUUGAAAAUGUUCGAAUUUGCUACUCUCCCUUCUCGAGAACCACUCAUACAGCACAAGUGGUUGCAUCAGUUCUAGAUAUUUCUUUUGAAGGACCACAGUGCAUGGUUCUAGAUGAUCUUCGGGAGCGCUUCUUUGGUCCUUCUUAUGAACUUAAGUCUCAUGAUAAAUAUCCUGAUAUAUGGGCUCUAGAUGAGAAGGAUCCAUUCAUGCAGCCUGAAGGUGGAGAAAGUGUUGCAGAUGUUGUGUCUAGACUCACGAAUGCAUUGAUUAACAUGGAGACACAAUUUCGAGGAUGCACAGUAUUGGUGGUCAGCCAUGGUGACCCUCUGCAAAUUUUCCAGACAAUUCUGAAUGCAGCUAAGGAUAACAAUGGAUCCUGUGAAAAUGACUUGGCCUUAAGAAUACAGGCAGUCAAAAUCCCUUCCGUUCUCUCACAGCACCGAAAGUUUGCUCUACAAACAGGAGAAUUGCGUUCAGUAGUUUAAUCCACAGCUUGAACUGCGCAUUCUGAAACAUUCUUUCAUCUCAUGCUGUUAUUCUUCUGUAUACAAUCUGAAUCGCCCCUUACUGGUUUAUCUGUCUCUAGGGAGAAUAAUUUGGUCUUACAAACAAUAUUAAACAGUAGUGUUCAAUUUGUCAUCUCCUUUGUCAGGGGAGGUAAGCUGCUGUACUUGAGUACAUUCUUAAUAAUUGGAGAGCUUUAAUAUGCUUCCGGAAUU